CCAGACACUCCCACUCGUCGCCGCCAACGUCCACCAUGAACGCCAGACUCGCCUUCGCCAAGCUCGCGCGCGCCGCCCCGGCCGCCCGCCGCCAGACGCGCGCCUUCCACUCGCCGUUCACCAUCCUGAACACGGCGAUCCCCCCAUCCACCACGAAGGGCGCGCCCAGGGACAACUCGCCCCUCACGUCCCCUCCUCCUGCCGAGGCGAACCUGUCCUCCGCCGACGCCUUCACCGGCGACCAAUACGCCGCGUACUCCACGGAGGACCGCCCUGGCGACGUCUACGUCGUCUGCGACCCCACCGUCGAGUCCUUCCACAAUGUCCCCACUGGUGCAUACCCUACCUCGCACCCCUACGUGAACUGGAAGUCCGCGCCUGCCCCCGCGACUCCGGACGUAGAGAACCUCAGCAGCACCAGUGCCGACCCCUUCGCGCACCCCAUCACGAAGAACGUCGACCGCAACCCCUCUGGCGUCAUGGAGAGCGCUGCGCUCCGCCACCGCGAAGCCCCCGGCGAGAUGGGUGCGCGCGGCGGCAGCUACAGUGGUGAGGGCCUCGCCGACGCGCAGGGCACCACGAAGGGCUCCGGUCUCGCCGACCGCAAUCCGCCGCCGCUGUCGAAGGAGGCCGAGAAGUGGUCGAAAGCUGGCGUGAAGGAGGCCUGGAAGCAGCGCCUGUAGUGCGUUGCGCGCAGUGUUGGCUCUCGGACUGGGUUACUUAUCGACGACCAUAGAUUUCUUGCUCUCUCGGAUGAAACAAACCUGUACUUUUAGUUGCACAUAUCUAUAGC